AUGUGGCCAUCACUCUCAGACACCUCCAUCAUCGGCUUUCUGUUCCUUUUGGCCCUCUAUCUACAACCUCGACGUCGCCAAGAUCCAAAUUGGACAUACAGACAAGCGUUCACAUGUGCUCUUAUGAAGGUAGGGCUGCAAAAAUUUGUCACCUUCCGAAUCAAGCCAUCACUAUCCUUGAAACCGGGACGGGAAAAGGAUCGGUUCGUUCUAGUCGAUCCGGCGUUACCAGAAGCGUAUUAUGGGGUGGCAGAGGACAAUGAUGUUUGGCCGGAGACUAUCGGAGGCACCUGGUAUCCAAACCGUUUCUCUUCAGACACUAUCGUUCCUGAAGGCCAGCAUGUCAUUCUCCAUUUCCAUGGCGGCUCCUAUAUAAUGGGAGAUGGUCGCACGAAAUUUACUCGCUUUCUAGCCGACAACCUUCUGGACAACUCUUCCGCCCUUUAUGUUUUCUGUCCGCAGUACAGAUUAUCCGGUCUACCACAAGGGCAUUUCCCUGCACAGCUUCAAGAUGCUAUUUCCUCAUACUCCUAUCUGGUUUAUACGCUCCAUAUACCAGCGUCGCAAAUCGUUUUGAGUGGUGAUAGCGCAGGGGCACACCUUGUUCUCGGGCUUCUCAGAUAUAUCGUUCAAAUGGAUAAUCCAUUUAUUCUUCCUGCGCCUUUAUGCAAUUGGGUCUUUUCGCCAUGGUGCGAUGUUCCGGCUGCCAUCGAUACCUCGGACUGGCACAGGGACCCAAAUUACAAAACUGAAUACAUUCCCGCGACUCUUCCAGCUUGGGGGGGCAAAGAACUAUCUCAGAGACCUGGACAUUACCGGCCCUAUCGAGGAGCAAUUACUGGAGGGAGAGAGAUCCUAUUACAGCAACACUUGCAACUUGCCCAGGCCUUCUUGAAGAUACCGGAGAAUAUGGACUGUGUUGAUCUAUAUAAGGAAGAUGGGGUUCCCCAUGAUGUUUUGGCUAUUGGUGGUGUUGCGAAUUUCCGCCAUGGGGCACUUAAAUGCGCAAGGAAAGCGGGGGAUUUCCUUCAAAAUCUACAAACGGAAAGACGGGGGUUUAAAGCGGAAUUUUUCACAAGAUCGGAAGAUAACUUUGAAAAUCUAGAUAACGAGAAGCCUGGAACACCGGUCUAG